CAAUACAUAUUGUCGGCAUUCUGUUCUGUCCAGUAAAAGCAAAGUGUAAACCCAGUCUUUAGCCGUCUAUCGAGGCAUGAGGGACUGAUUUCGCUUUACGGCUUUACAGUUGGAAAAUUUUCAUAACCUAUAAGCAUUCAAAGUCAAAAUAUUCUCGCAGUGUGUGUGUGUGUAUACUCUCCGGUUCAGUGUUUACCGUUUAGAAUAUUUACAUAUAUAUAUAUAGCAAAAAAUGUUCGUCCAUUCCUUCGAACACAUUUAUCGUUGGCUUUGGAGAAAUUAUUGUUGACACAUCAAUAUUAUACUGACGCCUAUUCCUUUCAGACGAAAUAAAAACGUUUUGCUUUCAACUUUAAAAAAGUUUCCCGGAACUUUAGUCACAAUAGCAAACAGGACGGCGGAAAUACAAUCGCAGAGUCUUCUCCACAUGUGGACAUCGCCAUCCCGACUCAGACUCGGUCGAGCUCCUAGGAAAAAGUAAGCCGGUUACCAGUAAAAAGAAACCGCCGCAAUGAACAAUAAACCCGAAGAGAAAACACUCGGUAACCGGAGGAAACUCUCCUUCCUUGGUUUCGGAACCAGAAGUUCGGUUGACGGUCAUGGCACGGAAACGGUACAAGAACUCGACGAGGAGAUGGAGAAGGUCUUCGCGAUGGAUGCUGGAGACAAAUUCGACGUAGCCCGAUUUGGAUCCCCUUCUGAAUCGGUGGGAUCCGAUCGAGAACGCGAUCGAGUACCAUCAGCGCGUCAUGGCGAUCAUGACAUUAAUCAAUACAGAAAACGAAGUUAUCCUCACCCUCAUAUGCCAUUGAAGAGCCUUCAUUCGAAAUCUAUGAGACGUCAUUUAUCACCUGAAGGUUCUACUGCAGAAGCAAGUCCUGAAGAGGAACAAUUGGGAAGUGAUCCCAGUGUAACGAGUAAUUUGCAAGAAUUGGACGUUCUUGAUAACAGCGAAAGUUCAAUUCCAAAAGACGACCAACAAGUGAAUUUUAACGUCGAUGAAGAAGUCAACAAGGAGGCGAAUGAGAAUGUAACUAAAAAAAUUAAUGAUCAAGUGAAAAAUAACGGAAAUAGUGAGAGUGAAGCGCCAACUUCGGAAAGAGCCGCUACCGGAUUUAACGACACUCCCUUCGGAAGUCCAAGAGUUCAAUUUGAGAAAAUCAAAGAAGAAGGAAGUACUUCUCCGAAUCACGAGGAACCAGCUGAGGAAGAUCGAAAAGGGCGCAGACAUCGCGAACACAAGCGACAUCAUCAUCACCAUCAUCAUAAAUCACGAAAGUACUCGCUCCAAGAAGACCCGCAAUGGAGGAAAAGAUCGGGCGCAGGUCUUCCAGACGUCGCUGGUCUUAUGGGUCGGCGGGUGAGCGUCCAACCGGAAGAGGCCCGGACCCUCCAGGAACUCGACAUCGACGACCUCGAGUCGCACAGGAGCGAUGAUCCUCGGGGCAUGCGGAGGCACAAGGCGCAUCCAACGGUGCAAAUCGGUCGGAGAAAAGAGGGCGGCAUUCCGCACGAGACCUUCAAGAAAAUGUACGACCACUCGCCGCACGAGGUCUUCGUUCAGCUGGACGAAUUGCACGGCUUCGGCGAGGAACGCGAGUGGAGAGAGACCGCGAGGUGGAUCAAGUAUGAGGAGGACGUUGAGGAAGGCGCCGACCGAUGGGGAAGACCUCACGUGGCCUCCCUCAGCUUUCACUCUCUUCUCAAUCUUCGACGAUGUCUCGAGACUGGUGUCGUUCUAUUGGAUCUCGAGGAAAAGGACCUACCGGGACUGGCCUAUCGAGUGGUGGAGCAAAUGGUUAUCGAGGAACUUAUUUUGCCUGAGGAUCGACCUGUGGUGAUGCGAGCUCUUCUCCUGAGGCACAGGCACGUUAAUGAGCACGAUAGGGGAUUUAGGUUCAAAAGGAACUAUUCCAGUUACACGAGCUUGCAGUCUGUCUGGGUUGAGGAGGAAGAUACUACGCGGGAAGCUGUUCCCAGUCAUGUAAAUAAAAAUAAUUUAAACGACGCCAAGCCGAAGAUUGCAUCAAAUUUGGCCCUCGACACCAAUAACACUGCAAUCGAUAUGAAGGAAGAAUUGACCUUCACCAGCAGCAAUGACGAUUUGAAGAAAGUGCAAAACGAUUAUAUUCUCAAGAGGAUUCCCGUUGGGGCUGAGGCGACAGUCGUUCUCGUCGGCGCCGUCGACUUCCUCGAUCAGCCCACCAUCGCCUUCGUCAGACUGGCGGAAGGCGUCCUCAUGCCUAACAUCACCGAAGUCAACAUACCAGUGAGAUUUAUGUUCAUGCUGCUGGGUCCUCGAAACGCAGAUCUCGACUAUCACGAGAUCGGUCGCUCCAUAUCAACUUUAAUGUCAAACACGUCCUUCCACAAAGUGGCUUACAAAGCUAACGAGAGGCGAGAAUUACUUUCGGCUAUCAACGAGUUUCUGGACGAUUCCAUCGUACUACCACCUGGGGAUUGGGAGAGACAGGCCCUGCUGCCUUUCGAUGAACUCCGAGCGAAGAGUAAGGCGAUCAGGAAAAGGAAGGCCAAUGCCAUCGAGGCCAAGAAGCAGAAGUCAACCGUCAGUGAUGCUGCUAUUAAAAAGGCAAUAAUGGCCGGUGAGGACGAGAAGAAACCUCCUGAUGACAGUGACCCUUUAAGAAGAACAAGAAGACCUUUCGGAGGUCUCAUCAACGACAUCAAGAGGCGUUAUCCUUUUUAUCUGUCAGACUUCACAGAUGGCUUGAGUUCCUCGUGCAUUGCAGCGGCAAUUUUCAUGUACUUUGCCGCUCUCUGUACAGCCAUCACAUUCGGCGGUUUGAUGAGCAGCAAAACCGCGAACAUGAUUGGAAUUUCCGAGACAUUAAUUUCGUGCAGUUUCACUGGAGUCAUAAUGGCUCUUGUUGCAACUCAACCUCUCGUCAUCAUUGGCACAACUGGACCGCUUCUUCUCUUCGAUCAGAGUCUUUUUGACUUUUGCAAAAGCAACGAACUCGAAUUUCUAACGAUGCGAGUCUAUAUUGGAGCGUGGAUGGGAAUCAUUGCGCUGGCCGUGGCUUGUGUCGAGGGUUCAGCGCUCGUCAGGCUCUUCACUCGUUUCUCGGAGGAAAUCUUCACUGGUCUCAUCUCCAUUAUUUACAUAGUCGAAGCCUUUAAGAAAAUUUACGACUACUUCACAGCAAAUCCUCUGCUCUUGGACUACUGUUUCAAUGAAGGCAACGAAACCAUUUCGCAAAAUGUUACUCUAUUCAAUACAAUAUCGGGAUUUGGAAAUGAAACUGGAACUGUGAUUCAAUUAGAAGAAAGUUACGACUUCAUUCCGAGAUAUAAUAAAUUUGGAAGGCUCAUUAAUCAGCCGAAUACGGCGUUGAUGUGCACAAUUUUGUGCCUCGGGACGUUUUUAGGAGCUUAUUAUUUGAGAAUUUUUAGAAAUAGUCACUAUUUAGGAAGGAGCGCAAGAAGAGCCUUUGGUGAUUUUGGCGUGCCCAUCAGUAUUAUUCUUUUUGUAUUCAUUGAUUACAUGUCGGGUGUAAAAACUGAGAAGUUAAUUGUGCCAGAGGGAUUUUCACCAACAAACACCGAACGCAGUUGGAUCGUCUCACCAGCUGGUACAGAGAAGCCUAUUCCACUCUGGAUUGCUCUCGCCAGUUGUGUUCCCGCUCUCUUGGUCUACAUUCUCGUCUUCAUGGAGACACAAAUCUCAGAGCUAAUAAUUGACAAGAAGGAGCGGAAAUUGAGAAAAGGCAAUGGCUACCACAUGGACAUCGUGGUGGUGUGCCUGCUGAAUGUGGGCUGCGGGUUCAUCGGCGCUCCCUGGUGCUCGGCCGCCUCGGUGCGUUCGCUGACGCACGUCUCGGCGGUGACGGUGAUGUCGAGGACUCACGCACCGGGCGACAAGCCGCACGUGGUCGAAGUGAAGGAGCAGAGAGUCAGCGCUCUCCUCGUCGCCAUCCUGGUCGGCGUCAGCGUCCUCAUGUCUCCCCUGCUCCGGCAAGUUCCAAUGGCCGUGUUGAUCGGCGUCUUCCUCUACAUGGGCAUCUCGUCCACGAACGGUGUUCAGCUCUUCGAUCGAAUCAAGUUGUUCUUCAUGCCCGUCAAGCACCACGGCACUGCGAACUACGUUCGGCGGGUGCAGACCUACAAGAUGCACAUCUUCACGAUGAUUCAGAUCCUCUGCCUGGCGACACUGUGGAUCGUGAAAAGCACUGACGCAGCACUGGCUCUCCCCUUUUUCCUCAUUCUCAUGAUUCCCCUGCGCGCUCAAAUGAUCCACUUUUUCACUGCUGCCGAAUUGAGAGCCCUCGACAGCAAAGCGCCCGCCAAUGAGGACGAGCCGGACUUCUACGAGGAAGCACCUUUACCUGGUUAGAUCGUGCCUUACUGUUUUUUCCUUUUUGUUUCCUCUCUUCGCGCGGGAGUACAAGAAAAGAGAAAGUGGUCCUGAAAAUUAGUUUACAAACACGAAACAACUUCGUUAACGACUUGGAGAACAAUAGCAGGCCUCGGAUCAACUUUAACGAGCAAAAAAAAUCGCUUUAGUCGAUUAAUUUAUUAUUCUAACAAUAGAAAAAAGAGUCGAAAAAGUAAUUUAUUUAAUUUAGUGUUGUGACAAAAAUUUUAUUUUCUAUUUCUUUCAUUCUUCACUGAUUU